ACUAGCCGUGGAGAGAAAAAUUUACCACAGCACAUAGCUGUCCCUGUGUAUUGCCGGAACAAAAAAUACAUUCCCAAGCUAAUAUAAACUUUAAUUAAACACGUGCUUUGCAGAGGUAUCAUUUAACGUAUUUGACCUCAAGCUUUUUUCACGAGAAGCGAUUGUUUGUGUUUUAAAAUUACUUCAAUAUAAAUUCGCGACAGGCUUAGAUUCGAACGCAUGAACCGUGAAGGAGGAGUGAUACAUCUGCCACAUUGCAAGCGGGGGACAUUAACCGAGACAGCUGUCUAUAGCCCUCAUCAUGAUUCACAGCUUGUUUCUGAUAAACAAUGCUGGCGAUUUAUUCCUGGAGAAACACUGGAAGAGUGUCAUAAGCCGCUCCAUCUGCGAUUAUUUUUUCGAAGCACGGGAGAAGGCAGUGGAACCUGACAAUGUGCCUCCUGUCAUCCGCACCCCUCAUCACUAUCUCAUAAACAUCUACCGUGAGAAGAUCUUCUUUGUUUCUGUCAUCCAAACAGAAGUGCCUCCACUCUUUGUAAUAGAAUUUCUGCAUCGAGUCGCAGAGACAUUUCAGGACUAUUUUGGAGAAUGUUCUGAGACCACUAUCAAGGAUAAUGUGGUUAUAGUCUAUGAGCUCUUGGAGGAAAUGUUGGAUAACGGCUUCCCCCUCGCUACAGAAUCCAACAUCUUGAAAGAACUCAUCAGACCUCCCACAAUCCUGCGAUCGAUGGUCAACACCAUCACAGGCAGUAGUAAUGUUGGCGAAACCCUCCCUACUGGUCAGCUCUCCAAUAUUCCAUGGAGAAGAGCAGGUGUGAAAUAUACCAAUAAUGAGGCUUACUUUGAUGUGGUGGAAGAAAUCGAUGCCAUCCUGGAUAAGUCUGGAACUACAGUUUUUGCAGAAAUCCAGGGAGUUAUUGAUGCUUGUGUCAAGCUUUCUGGAAUGCCAGACCUUACCCUCUCAUUUAUGAACCCCAGGCUCCUGGACGACGUGAGCUUUCAUCCGUGCGUCCGUUAUAAGAGAUGGGAAAGUGAGAGAGUUAUCUCCUUCAUUCCCCCCGAUGGAAACUUUCAGCUCAUGUCGUAUCACAUCAGUGCGCAAAACCUCGUAGCAAUCCCGAUAUAUGUGAAGCAGAACAUCAGUUUCUUUGAGACUGGAUCUUCAGGAAGACUGGACAUCACUGUGGGUCCCAAGCAGACCAUGGGAAAGACUGUGGAGUGUUUGGUAGUGACCGUACACAUGCCCAAAGUGGUUCUCAGUGCCAACCUCAGUGCGACUCAGGGAACCUACAACUAUGACCCUGUCACAAAGAUUUUGUUGUGGGAUAUAGGGAAACUUAACCCCCAGAAGCUUCCCAAUCUGAAAGGAAGUUUAAGUCUGCAGUCUGGAGCUCCUAAACCAGAGGAGAACCCAAGUCUGAACAUUGACCUGAAAAUCCAGCAGUUUGCCAUCUCAGGAUUGAAAGUCAAUCGUCUAGACAUGUACGGAGAAAAAUAUAAACCAUUCAAGGGUGUGAAAUAUGUGACCAAAGCUGGGAAGUUCCAGGUCAGAACAUGAGGCCAGCUGCAGAGUAUGACAAUGAUAUGCCAAAAGUUUAUUAGAGGUGCCAUUUUCUAAGUGACAAAUCAUACAGGAUUGCAACCUGGUGCACAGUCUCCCUUUAUUUUUUAAAACAUCGCAGUUACAUUUGUUACUGUAAUUUUGAUCUUUCUUGUUUUGUGGGAAGUAACUGGCAAUUUGCAAGAAGUUAAAGUCUUUCCAUUGGAGAGUAUUGGGAGAGCAUUUUGUUUAGGAAUGUUUCACUUUAUAUCAUCAACAUUCCACUAAUGUAUUAACACUGUAUUAUGUUAGAUUUAAGGUACGGUAAAUCUCUGCCAGAAACACAUUACAUUAAUCACAAUACUGCUCUACAGUCUUUGAUAUUGGCACAACACAAUACCUGAGUUUCUGCACAUAUUCAUAGGCCUUAACUUUUUCAUUUAAAUUUAUUUGCCAGUUCAGUGGCCUUUGAAUUAAAAUAUAUAUAUAUAUUUUGAGGAGGCCUCACACACUCAAAUGGCCUUUAUUUAAAGGAACAGUCAUGCUUACAGCAGGGCAUAUUUACAAUGAUGCAAUCUACCAUACAAGCACAUCAAUGCUCAGAGGUGAAUGAAAGCUGUAUCUGCUUAAAAGACAAUUUACACUUAAAGUAGUUUGCCACAUACAAGCACUAUGGAGCCAUUAUGAGCACAAGUGAUAAUCUGUUCGGUUCCGCUCACCUGCAGUGAUACGCUAGAUAUGCAGGUCUGACACCUUAAUGAAGUUUUGACGAUUUGCACACAAGGACACACAAUUGCAUUAUUUUGUAAAAUGUCAAGGGAACUGCAUUUUAAAAUAUGUAUUUAAACCAAAAGCCUUCAGAUUUAUAAAGUUUGUAAACAAAAU